AUGGCUCCGGGACGAAGCCAAAACUCUUACACCAGAGUUCACCUCUGGAUCCUCAUCUGGCUCACUUGUUUGUUUCUGGAGAAUGUACAAUGCACGUCCGAUCCGGACUAUCCUAUAUGGCUGAAGAGGGCCCUGGCACGAGAACUUGAUCCCUCUUGCAAUCCCUCAGACCUCAACAGUAUUCCGUCGCCACAAUCUCCCCUGAUAUCCCAUGGCAACAAUCAGCGACCACAACCUGUUGAUCAGCAAGAGUGGCAAAAUGACCCGGCCAACGAACUCGAAACCCCAGCACGAAAAAAGUUGAAAACCUUCAGCCCCAACACUCGUCCUUUCCAAAUCAUCCAUGCUGAGCGGCCAGUGGAAAGCGAGAGACGAGUGAUCUUUGAAGCGGUCCGAAGUUUGGAACAGACCACCGGGGACAAAUUGAUUGGUAACGAGGGGGAAGGCGAAUACAGGAUGCUUCAGAUCGAGGAGGAUCAAAUCAACACCUUCCUUCUUCAUUGUGUACACAGAACAAGAAAAACAAGCCCCUGUCCUGUAAUCGGCAAGCCCAGACCACCAAGCCAGACUGCUCAUGAUUUUACCUACCAACAAGUAAGAAAAAGGCGCGGCACGGUCGGGCGAUUUAAUAUCGAAGCCUCCAAGCUAGCAUUGCGGCCGCUCUACACCGAUCGUGUCGUCCCGAAGUUCGCAGAAUCACUCGAGCGGGUUAGACGCAGAGUAAGAGAUAGGACACUCAACUUAAGCAUAACAAAUUACUUGAUAGACGACUUGGAGAGAAUUCUGGGCACAUUACCUCUCUACCUGUUCUACGCAGAUUUGAUCAACACAGUCAUUCCAGCCCCUGCAGGGGUGCUGGGGAGCGAAGGCGCGACUACAUUCGUGGAAUCACAGAGGCGAAAAGCUGGGCUACAGUUUUUCCAGCACGUAUCGGACCUUAUUGAAGAUUACUACGAACCAAACGACACGUUCCUUGGAACGGGCAGUUUAGCCAAAACCAAAUUAUCAACGGUCUCCAAUCAUUCUCCCUUUUGUUGGGCCAUCUUAACCAAAUGGAUCGAGUCCUCAAGACCUUCAUUAGCAUCUCGAAUUAUGACUCCUGACCCAAAGGCUAUAAGAGUGAUUCCCUCCACUUUCAAGCAAUUCUUUAACGAAAUCUUAACCAGUUAUGUAGAAAAGUUGUAG